AUGUCCCCAAGGUCAGCUAUUAAAAUUGAUUUAAAGGAAGCAUUUGACUCUUUAAGUUGGGAAUUUUUAAUCUCAGUUCUAGAGGCAAUGGGAUUUCCAAGAAGGUUCGUUGGUUGGAUAAAAGGCUGUCUCACUUCACCAAUGUUCUCUUUAUCAGUCAAUGGAGGCUUGGUGGGAUAUUUUAAGGGGACAAAAGGAGUAAGGCAGAGGGAUCCUAUGUCACCAUACGUAUUUGUUAUUGCUAUGAAUGUUUUGGACACCUUACUGGAUAGUGCUGCAUCUUAUGGCAUUUUUUCUUACCAUCCCAAAUGCAAGAAGGUGAACUUGACACACUUAUGUUUCGCUGAUGAUCUCCUUAUCCACACAAAAGAGAAGUUGGAUUCUGUUAAGGGAAUUCAAGUCAUACUAAAGCAGUUUUAUACUUAUUCUGGACUGCAGUUAAAUAGUGCAAAGAAUGAGCUAUAUUAUACAGGGAUUCCAGGAACUGAGCUUGAAGAAAUCCUGAAAGUGCACAAGAUGGGAAAACUUCCUGUUAGAUAUCUUGGGGUUCCACUGGUGGCGCGAAGGCUUACUAUGACAGAUUGUAUGCCACUAAUUGAGAGGAUCACAGCAAGAAAUCAUAGCUUGGCAACAAGACAUUUGUCCUACGCAAGUAGAUUACAGUUGAUCCAAUCUGUCCUUUUUAGUAUUCAUAACUACUGGUGCAAGCAUUUUGUUCUUCCAAAAAAAGUAAUCAAGAGGGUCAACCAGCUCUGUUCAGCAUUUUUCUGGAAAGGCCAAUCAAGCACAGCAAAGGAAGCCCGAGUAAGAUGGCAAGCAAAAUGUAAACCAACGUCAGAAGGAAGGUUGGGAUUAAUAGAUGUUGGUGCGCGGAAAAGCCUGCAUGAUUAG